AUGGUGACAAAACUCUACCAGCAUGUUCUGGCCUUGGUGUUUGCUGUAAAUGAGAUAAAUGAAAAUCCAAAGAUCUUGCCCAACAUCACCCUUGGAUUCCAUAUCUAUGACAGCUACUAUUACGAGAAGAUGACCUAUCGUACCACUCUGGACCUGCUCUUCAAAUCUCACAGAUUCAUUCCUAACUACAAGAGUUCAGCCUCAAAAAGCCUAAUAGCUGUGAUUGGAGGACUUGGCUCUGAUACCACCAUCUAUAUUUCACAUCUUUUAAGUCUCUACAAGAUUCCACAGCUGCACCAGUUUCUUCAAGGAAUUUCAUUUAACAACUCAGCUGGAGAAACAGUGUCUUUUGAUGAGAACAGGGAAAUGGGAAUCGGCUUUCACAUCAUGAACAUGGUCAUGUUUCCAAACAACUCCAUUGUUAGAGUGAACGUUGGAAGGGUUGAUCCCAAAGCUCCAAAAGGGAAAGAAGUCAUUCUUCAUGAAGAUUUACUUGAGUGGCACAGGGGGUUUAACCAAGUACUGCCUGUUUCUAGAUGUAGCGACUUCUGCCAGCCCGGUUAUCAGAAAAGAAAGAAAGAAGGGGAGCAAUUCUGCUGCUAUGACUGUGCUCCUUGUUCAGAAGGGAAGAUUUCAGUCCAGAAUGACACGGAUGACUGUUCUAAAUGUCCAGUAGAACAAUAUCCAAGCAAGGACCAAGAUCGAUGUAUUCCCAAGGUGAUCAACUUUCUCUCCUAUGAAGAACCAAUCGGGUCUUCGUUGGCUUCAGUUGCUUUUUUUCUGUUGCUAAUCACAGUUCUGAUAUUAAGAACUUUUACUAAGCACAAAGAUACUCCCAUUGUCAAAGCCAACAACCAGGAUGUCACCUACGCUCUCCUCGUCUCUCUCCUGCUUUGCUUCCUCUGUUCUUUCCUCUUCUUUGGAAGACCAAGCAAGUUGACCUGCUUCCUCCGACAAUCUGCUUUCGGCAUAAUCUUCUCAGCAGCUGUUUCUUGUGUCUUGGCUAAAACCAUAAAUGUAGUUGUAGCUUUCAUGGCUGUCAGACCAGGGUCCAGCAUGAGGAAGUGGGUGGGGAAAAGGAUGACCACCUCUAUUGUCCUUUCCUGUUCCACUAUCCAAAUGUGUAUUUGUGCAGUGUGGCUAGGAACCAUGCCCCCAUUCCCAGAUUUGGACACCCAGUCGAUGACUGAAGAAAUCAUAUUAAAAUGUAAUGAAGGGUCUGUUGUUAUGUUUUAUAUCGUCCUGGGCUACUUGGGACUUUUGUCCUCCAUAUGUUUCACUGUUGCUUUCUUUGCCCGAAACUUGCCAGACAGUUUUAACGAAGCCAAGUUCAUCACCUUCAGCAUGCUGAUGUUUUGCAGUGUUUGGUUGUGUUUUGUUCCAACCUAUCUGAGCACCAAAGGGAAAUACAUGGUAGCAGUAGAGAUUUUCUCAAUUUUAGCCUCUGGUGCUGGGUUACUCUGCUGUAUCUUUUUCCCCAAGUGCUACAUUAUUGUUCUCAGGCCUGAGUUGAACAAAAGAGAACAAGUAAUAACAAGAAAGCAUUAA